AUGGCUAUCCAAAAGAAGAAGAAGGUAGCAGCAGCCGUCGCUGCCCCGGAAGAGCCGAAGAAAGCUGUUAAAAGACCUGUGGAAGCUUCAGCUCCGACUCCAAAGAAGAAAAAGAAGGUGGUAGCGAAGAAUGGCGGUGACGUGUCAGCUAAAAAGAAGAAGGUGGUGAAGAAAGUGAAGAAAGUGACAGAAGAAGAGGAAGAUCCAGUGGAGAAAGAGGUCUCGAAGCUUCAGUUGCUAGAUGAUGAUGAUGAGGAAGGUCUUGAUCGAUUGGAUUUCACUCAACAAGAGGGAAGUGAUGACGACGAUUUGAGAGAUGAUUAUUCUGAUGAUGACGAUGAUGACCUUCCAAUUGAAAAGAAGUCAGCUGCUCUCGACAAGAAGAAGGAGAAGAUUUUGAAGGAAGGAGAAGAGGAACUCCAACUCAACAUCGCCAACCAAGCAACCUUCGAACUUCCUUCGGUGGAGGAAAUUGAGAAUGAGAUGAAAUCUGUGCCAAACUUGGAAAUCAUCAAACAACGUAUCUCCGAUGUUAUCCAAGUUCUCGGAGACUUCAAGAACCGCCGUGAUCCAGCGAAAUCCCGUACCCAGUAUGUCGAAGUGCUGAAGAAAGACCUGUGCUCUCAAUACGGCUAUAACGACUACCUAAUGGGCAAGUUCAUGGAUUUGUUCCCAAAUGGAGCAGAGCUUCUUGAGUUCUUAGAGGCUAACGAUAACCCAAGACCAGUCACCAUUAGAGCCAACUCUUUGAAAGUCAAGCGUCGUGAUCUCGCCAAAAACUUGAUCAAUCGUGGAAUGAACGUUGACCCAGCUGCCGAAUGGACCAAGGUCGGACUCGUUGUGUACGACUCGCAAGUUCCAGUUGGAGCCACUCCGGAAUACCUCGCUGGUCAUUACAUGAUCCAAGGUCUCAACUCUCUUCUCCCAGUUAUGGCCCUUGCGCCACAACCUGGAGAUCGUGUGCUGGAUAUGUGUUCCGCUCCAGGAGGAAAGACAUCACAUAUUGCCGCUUUGAUGAAAAACAGCGGAACUUUGUUCGCUAAUGACGCUAGUUUUGAUCGUUGCCGUGCUAUCAUCGGUAACCUUCACCGUCUCGGAGUUAACAAUGCAGUGGUGUGUAACUUGGGAGGAGAGGAGUUCUCGAAGAUUAAGCCAAAUGGAUUCGACCGUAUUCUUCUCGACGCACCUUGCUCUGGAACCGGAGUUAUUUGGAAGGAUCAGUCUGUAAAGACUUCUAAAGAUUCUCAGGAUGUUCAAAGACGUCACACUGUGCAAAGACAACUGAUUCUGUCUGCAUUGGACUCUUUGGAUGCCAACUCCCCUAACGGAGGAUACCUAGUCUAUUCCACUUGCUCUGUGCUUGUUGAGGAGAACGAAGCCGUCGUUAACUUCCUUCUCGAACGCCGCCACUGCGAACUCGUGCCAACCGGCCUCGCUAUCGGAGUCGACGGCUACACUCGUUUCCGUGACUACCGCUUCCACCCAUCACUCUCAAUGACCAAACGCUACUAUCCUCAUGUUCACAACAUUGACGGCUUCUAUGUUGCUAAAAUCAAGAAGCUCUCUAACGCAAAAAUGUCGAAGCAGGCAGUGCUGGAAAUGGAGAAGGAGAAGGCGUCGGUAAAGUCGCAGAAAAAGAAGCAAGCCGCUGAGGAAGCUGAGAAUUCCGAAGAAGAGUCAGGAGACGAGGAGGUGGCACAGAAUGGAAAUGCUAAUGGAAAAGCUGAAGCUGGAAAGAAGAAGAAUAAGAAGAAGGGAGGAGACGAUUCGGACGAUGAUGAAGAUGUAGAAACAGCGCCAAUGAAAAACAUCGGAUCCGGUGCCCGUGCGAAUAAGAAACGCCGUAAUCAGAAAAAGGCUGCUGCUAAACAAGCCGCUGUGAAAGAAGACGAUGGAUUCAACACGGUUGGAAAUGUCAAACGCGCCAAGAAACCCACACAAUUCAAAUCAAAAGUGCCGAAACGUGCCGCCGCCCGAACUGGAGCCAAAUCUGUCAAGAAUCGACGAAAGAAGAUGUUGGCGAAGCAGCAGGCAUAG